AUGGCCAACAUUCCUAACCUCAAGUACGGUCUCUUCGUCCACCUGGUGCCGAACCGUACGGCCAACCACGACGGCGUCGUUGUUGACGCGAACGUUCUCGCGAACAGCUUUGAUGCGCACCAGUUCGCCGCCGAUCUUGUGGCCGCAGAGGUACAGUACGUCGUGUUUACUGCCUGGCACGCCAAAAUGGUGGCCCUCUGGCCGAGCGAGAAGAUGCUGGAAUGGGACCUGCCAAACCACCGCGUCGACCGCGAUCUCGUCGGCGACAUGAUCGCGGCGGUUAGGAACAACAACAUCCGCGUCUACCUCUACACCCAUCCGCGUGACGGCAUGGAAUUCACUGCUGCGGAUCGGGAGAAGACCGGUUGGGGCAUCGACCCUCCCCCGAAGGACGAAAAGCACAACCCGGGCGCAGACUUCAACCGAACCAAGUGGAACUCGUUCGUCAACGACAUCUAUGGCGAGCUGAUGCAACGCUACGGCCAGUCCAUUGACGGCCUAUUCAUGGACGAGGGCAGCCCCCGAGGCGACAGCCAAAAAGUAGUCGACUACCCGCAACUCCGCAGCACGAUCAAAGCUAUUAUCCCGCACGCAAAUCUGAUCCAAAACGACUAUGGUAAUCUGUACGGCCUCGACAUGGGAAUGAAGGAGUACGGCGGCUGGGACGAGUUCUCGCAGCCCAACGAGAACCUGUGGCCGAGCUAUGCUAAGCCCGUAGCCGCCAUCUUCACCUACACCUGGUGGGCGGCCAACACGACCAGCUCCCUCCGCUACUCUGCGCGGAGUAUGUUCCGCUACACGGUCUUCCAGGCUGCUACAAAUAGCGCAGGCGGCGGCAUCGCAUGGGCUACGGGGCCCUAUGCCGACGGCGGCUGGGAGCCGGGCGUCAUGCCGACGCUCCAACAGCUCGGCUCGUGGAUCUACAGCAUCCGCGAGUCCAUCUUCGGCACGCGGCCCAGCACUUCCUACCCGACUAAGCCUGGCACCACUAUCGGCGACGUCUCCUGGGGGUCGGCGACCAAGUCUCCCGAUGACUCCGUCGAGUACAUCCAUGUGCUCAAGCCGCCAACCGGACUGACGCUUGCCCUCCCUGCCCCUCGGGACGGCAAGGUCUUUGGUACAGCCUCUCUACUGCCAAACAGCUCAUCGGUGGUGCUUAGCCAGGACAAUAAGGGGGUGAAACUCACUAUUCCUGGCCCCUGGGAUGCCGACGUGACCGCGAUCAAAGUUGACCGUCCUGAGCCAUUCCGGCCCCGUUCCUCUGUACCGCUGUGCCAGCGUUGCGAGGCUUCCAGCUACUCCCUGGAUGGCAUGCUCGGCUACAUCCAUGCCAUUCAGCUUUCAGGCACUGUUCCUCUCUACCGCUGCUACAGCGCUAGCAGAGGCGAUCAUAUGGACACAACGGAGUCUAGUUGCGAGUCUUCACUCUACGUCAUGGACGGCAUCCUUGGCUACAUCUAUAAAGCCCGUGUCUCGGGCAGUGUUCCCCUCUACCGCUGCUAUAGUGCUAGCAGUGGCGACCAUAUGGAUACAACCGACGCCAGCUGCGAGAGCUCCCGCUACACCCUGGACGGGAGCCUUGGCUAUGUGGUGGUAUGA